AUGUGGCCUUUCAACACCUCUUCACAGCCCGUAGCCCUCGAAACGGCGAUCAAGCAAACAGAGAUUGCCAUUGAGCCACAAGUUGUGAACCCACUUCCUCCCACGUCGGUUCCCGAACCAACAUCGAGCACAAGCAUAACAUCUGAUACCUGGGAAUCGCGAUCACUCGAGCGACUCUCUCUACCUUUCACCGCUCGAGCUCCUGUCAUGAUGGGCACUUCCUUCCUGUCGGGCUUCAUCUUGGGAACCACCAAAGGAGCCACAACAGGAGGAGAUCUCUUCAGGGCCGAGAAUGCCCAUCGUUUGCCAACCGAGAAGAAUGGAUGGUAUCAAUACCACAAAACCAAAAACUACCGGGCCAUGAUGAGCGGACUCAAGGAAGGUGGUCGAUACGGAGCUGUCUGUACUGCAUGGUGGUCCUUGUUCAUGGUUACCGAAGAAGUGAUUGAUCGAUCAAGAGCUCGGCUCUUCGAAGACCGCGAUGACGAUCAUGUUUCGGGACAGCGAGACGCAGCAAGCACAGUCUUCGCUGCCAUGACCGUGUCUGGCGUCUACAGCUGGACCAACGGAUUGGACCAUUUUGCCGCCGCCAAGAUCGCCCGAACAGCACUUCGAUUCUCUCUCGCGUACGGACUGAUUCAGGAUCUGGUUGCAUCGGCCCGAGGAAGACCUCCUGCGUAUAUUGCCUGGCUACGAAGCUGA